AAAUAUAUAAUGAAAGCUAAAAUUCUAAACUGGAAAACGUUGCUAUACAGUUUGAAUUUUUGUAAAAGAAAAUAAUUGACAAUAUACUUCGAAAUAACUGUUUUGUAACCUUAAGGUGCUUGAAUUUGUUGGAAAAAGAAUGGUUGUUGUUUGCAUCAGAAAUAUCUGUACAUUAAUAACCUUGACUAUUUUCACUUAAAUUUGGGUGAAACUGCGUUUAUUUUCAUAAUUUACUUUCAAUACAGCCUAAAUCUAAUGUAAUAAUUAUGGGAAAAAUCUAGAGGAAAAACUUGCAUGGCGAUGGAAACCGUAUUGUAUUUUUUGAAUAAGCUUAACUUACUCUGUUUCUCAGAUAAAAUGAAACUUCAUUUCAAACCCCACAGAAAAGCAAUUUGUUUUCCCUAGUUUUGUUUUGGUUUUCAUCGUGCUGAAAGCUUGUAACUAGAAUAAUUAAACCUUGGUAAUUUUGCACCGUUUCAAUAUUGAUCAAACACAACUUUCCCAUAGGGCACGAUACGUAGAGUAGUUUCAAUCAGUGUAAUUUACUUUACCAAUGUAGACACGAUAUUUCAGCGAUAAAGAACCUGAACAUUACACUUCUUUUCUCACUUUUUAAUCGCUAAAUUCUAUACAACUUCGUCCUCUUUUUAAAUAGUAAUUGUUUUGGCAACAGUCGAAUUGCGGUAUUGAUAAAACAUAACCUUUUGUCUUGAGCUUUAACAUACGUAGUAUGAUAAAAAUUACCUGGAGUCCUGCUGAUGUGUUGUCUUUCCUUGUACAAGUCAAACUGUGAACAAAUGACUCACUCGUAAGAUUACAUGAAAUAUUCAUCAAACCAAUCUCACGUCUCGAGAUGAUUUACAAAGGAAAGUAUAAAACAAGGUACUUGGUUAUGCAGUUUAAUUUGCUCUGUCGUUUUCUACGAAAAUUGCUCGACUCAGGUGAAAUCGACAGAAUCUGACAGCAAGCAAAUUUUAAGAUGAGCCUUAAUGUAUCGUCAACGAAUAUGACUUCUGUUCCUCCCACCGAAGCAGUUCAAGUUGGCCAUGGUGACGCCGUCUGGAUUUUGACUAGUGCUUUCAUUAUCUUUACCAUGAUCUCUGGAUUCGGACUAGUUGAGUCAGGUAUGGUAUCUAAGAAAAAUGAGACCAACAUUAUGGUAAAGAAUGCCCUGGAUGUGAUUUUCGGUGGCCUCUCCUAUUGGAUAUUUGGCUUCGCUUUCAGUCGGGGAGAACCAGACGAUGAACAUGGUAAAUACAAUGCAUUUUCAGGAUCAGCAAACUUUUUUGCUGACGCAAGCCGGUCAAGAAUGGGAGGCGUGUUCGCUUUGUAUUUCUUUCAAGCAUCUUUUGCAACAACCGCAACAACGAUUGUGUCAGGUGCCAUCGCAGAGCGUGCAAAUUUGCAAGCUUAUAUGGUCUUCUCUUUCACGAACACGUUGGCGUUCUGUUUUCCAGCUUACUGGGUUUGGGGAGAGCACGGCUGGCUGAAAGAGCUUGGAGUGAUAGAUGUGGGUGGAGCCAGUCCUGUACACCUAGUGGGUGGGGUUGCUGGCUUGGUGGGGACCAUCAUGCUAAGGCCAAGACGAAACAAGUACAAUGACAAUGGCUUGACACUAAAAAUGGCUUCUCCGACCAAUGUUCUGUUGGGUAUGUUCAUGCUCUGGUGGGGCUGGCUCGGUUUUAACUGUGGAAGCACAUUUGGAGUCAGUGGUGGUAAAUGGAAGCUUGCUUCUCGGUCAGCUGUCUGCACACUGAAUGCCUCUAUUGGUGGCGGCAUCUUUGCCCAUCUGUUUAGUGUCUUUUAUUUGAAGCGUGUUGAUGUACCAACUUUCAUGUCUGGAAUUCUGGGUAGUCUAGUGAGUAUCACGGCAAUAUGUGCCGUUGCCAGGCCUGGGGAAAGCAUUUUCAUUGGUUUCAUUGGUAGUGUGAUCUCAGUGAUGGGGUGGCUUUUGUUGGAGAAGUUUAAUAUUGAUGAUCCUGUCGGCGCUAUCUCAACGCAUGCUGGCGGGGCCAUUUGGAGUAUGCUUGCUGUCGGCUUGUUCGUCGAACAAGAUCGCCUAGAAGAUUUCUCAGAGACAUACGGUGUUUUCAAAGGUGGCCAUUUCAGAAUUUUGGGAGUUCAGCUCCUGGCAUGCUUAACAAUUGGACUGUGGGCAGCCGUGGUUGCAUUUUUGCAGUUUUUCAUGAUUGGAAAGUUUAUACAUUUCCGAUUUUCUGAAUAUGAGGAGAAACUGGGUGCUGACUUCUGUGAACACGCUGUAGAUCACAGCACGGAGCGAAAGACACCAAAGCAGCUUCAGAAGCUUGAACGGAUGCGUGCAGCAUUGGCAAUAAAGAAUAAAGUUGCACCUGCCAAUAGUCCAGCUGGAUAUCCUCAAGAGAAAAACCUACGAUUUACUCUGUUCCAAACAAUAGUGGGGGCCUUAUGGAGUGCACAGCGAAGCACGCGGGUCAAUCAGUUACAGGCAGAAGAAAGGGAAGGCAAAGAAAAUGAGAAAGGUCACUCAAAGUUAAGAUCAGUGGCAUCUGUCCUUAGGGGUGGUGGAAAUUUCACUCAAGUCUCUGAAUUUCAGGAAGAGAAAUUAGGAGAGGGUGAGGCCUUUGCUGAAAAUAGGAAAGGUGUGGCAAGGUUUAGAGCCAUAGCGCUUGCUUUGAGAGGUGCUCAGCGGAUGAGGAGAGUUACUCAGUCACCGGCAGAGCAGGAGGGAAAUUCUGAUGAUGACCAUACAAGAACUUAAGCAAGGUUCAGACCUGUGGCAUUAGCAGCAAGGGGUAUUCAACACAAAGCAAACACUAUUCAAGUAAAAGAGGCAGCAAAUUCUUAUAACUAAUCUUAAGUUGUUGAUGAUUGUCCUCAAGUUAUAAAUCUGUUGUAAAAAAGAGUAAAAUGUGCGAUGCUUUUUUCUUUGACAAUCAAAAUAAUUUUCUUAACAUGUGUUCUCCUGAAAAUUUUUCCUUUCUGAUUCACUUAUCCAAACGGCCUGUAAGUUAGAAUGAAUUUCUAAUCAAAC